AUGUACUUGGACUAUGGCGGGUUCUUGGGACCAUUCAGCGGGCGUGCCGGUGGAUUCGCCCUUGGUGGACUGCGAGGCGGAUUCGGCGGAUUAGGCGGAUUCGGCCUCCGAGGACUAGGAGCCGGCUACGGCUACGGCCUGAACGGCGGGUACGGCGGAUACAGCGGAUACGGCCUCAACGGCGGGUACGGCUUCAACGGCGGAUAUGCCCUUGGCGGACUGAGGGGCGGAUUCGGCGGAUUCGGCCUCCGAGGACUAGGAGCCGGCUACGGCUACGGCCUGAACGGCGGGAAGCACUUCUCCGGAUACGGACUCGGCGGCGGACAGUUCGGUGGAUACAAGAAGCACUUCUCCGGAUACGGACUCGGCGGCGGACAGUUCGGUGGAUACAAGAAGCACUUCUCCAGCUACAGCUACGGACAUUGA